GCAGAAGGUCGCGCUUGGAGGAAGUGGUGGCUGUGGGUUCCGCGUCCGCAGCGCCAUUACUAGUUUUCUGAAGGUCCUCUCGGCCGCUUGCCGAGACACCCCGCCACCAAGAUGCCUCGAAUUAUGAUCAAGGGAGGCGUGUGGAGGAAUACCGAGGAUGAAAUUCUGAAAGCAGCGGUAAUGAAAUAUGGGAAAAACCAGUGGUCUAGGAUUGCCUCAUUGCUGCAUAGAAAAUCAGCAAAGCAGUGCAAAGCCAGAUGGUAUGAGUGGCUGGAUCCAAGCAUUAAGAAAACAGAAUGGUCCAGAGAAGAAGAGGAAAAACUCUUGCACUUGGCCAAGUUGAUGCCAACUCAGUGGAGGACCAUUGCUCCAAUCAUUGGAAGAACAGCUGCCCAGUGCUUGGAACACUAUGAAUUUCUUCUGGAUAAAGCUGCCCAAAGAGACAAUGAAGAGGAAACAACAGAUGAUCCACGAAAACUUAAACCUGGAGAAAUAGAUCCAAAUCCAGAAACAAAACCAGCACGGCCUGAUCCAAUUGAUAUGGACGAGGAUGAACUUGAGAUGCUUUCUGAAGCUAGAGCCCGCCUGGCUAAUACUCAGGGAAAGAAAGCCAAGAGGAAAGCACGAGAGAAGCAGCUGGAAGAAGCAAGGCGUCUUGCUGCCCUGCAAAAGAGAAGAGAACUGCGAGCAGCUGGCAUAGAAAUUCAGAAGAAAAGAAAAAAGAAGAGAGGAGUUGAUUAUAAUGCUGAAAUCCCAUUUGAAAAAAAGCCUGCUCUUGGUUUCUAUGAUACUUCUGAGGAAAACUACCAGGCUCUUGAUGCAGAUUUCAGAAAAUUAAGACAACAGGAUCUUGAUGGAGAGCUAAGAUCUGAAAAAGAAGGAAGAGAUAGAAAAAAAGACAAGCAGCAUUUGAAAAGAAAAAAAGAAUCUGAUUUACCCUCAGCUAUUCUUCAAACUAGUGGUGUUUCUGAAUUUACUAAAAAGAGAAGCAAACUAGUACUUCCUGCCCCUCAGAUUUCAGAUGCAGAACUUCAGGAAGUUGUAAAAGUAGGCCAAGCAAGUGAAAUUGCACGUCAGACUGCUGAGGAAUCUGGCAUAACAAACUCUGCUUCCAGUACUCUUUUGUCCGAGUACAAUGUCACCAACAACAGCAUUGCCCUUAGAACGCCACGAACGCCAGCUUCCCAGGACAGAAUUCUGCAGGAAGCCCAGAACCUCAUGGCUCUGACCAAUGUGGACACCCCAUUAAAAGGUGGACUUAACACCCCUUUGCACGAGAGUGACUUCUCAGGUGUGACUCCUCAGCGGCAGGUUGUACAGACUCCAAAUACAGUUCUUUCUACCCCAUUCAGGACUCCUUCUCAUGGAUCUGAAGGACUGACUCCCCGGAGUGGGACAACUCCCAAACCAGUUAUUAACUCCACCCCGGGUAGAACUCCUCUUCGAGACAAGUUAAACAUUAAUCCCGAGGAUGGAAUGGCCGACUAUAGUGAUCCCUCCUAUGUGAAGCAGAUGGAAAGAGAGUCUCGUGAGCACCUCCGUUUAGGGUUGUUGGGCCUUCCUGCCCCUAAGAAUGACUUUGAAAUUGUUCUACCAGAAAAUGCUGAGAAGGAGCUGGAAGAUCGUGAAAUAGAUGAUACUUACAUUGAAGAUGCUGCUGACGUAGAUGCACGAAAGCAGGCCAUACGAGAAGCGGAGCGUGUAAAGGAAAUGAAACGAAUGCACAAAGCUGUCCAGAAAGAUCUGCCAAGACCAUCAGAAGUAAAUGAAACUAUUCUAAGACCUUUAAAUGUAGAACCACCUCUAACAGAUUUACAGAAGAGUGAAGAACUAAUCAAAAAAGAAAUGAUUACAAUGCUUCAUUAUGACCUUCUACAUCACCCUUAUGAACCAUCUGGAAAUAAAAAAGGAAAAACUGUAGGAUUUGGUACCAAUAAUUCAGAGCACAUUGCUUAUCUGGAGCAUAACCCUUAUGAAAAAUUCUCCAAAGAAGAACUGAAAAAGGCCCAGGACAUUCUGGUACAGGAGAUGGAAGUGGUGAAACAAGGAAUGAGCCACGGAGAACUCUCAAGUGAAGCUUAUAACCAGGUGUGGGAAGAAUGCUACAGUCAAGUUUUAUAUCUUCCUGGGCAGAGCCGCUACACACGGGCCAACCUCGCUAGCAAAAAGGACAGAAUUGAGUCACUUGAAAAGAGGCUUGAGAUAAACAGGGGUCACAUGACGACAGAAGCCAAGAGAGCUGCAAAGAUGGAAAAGAAGAUGAAAAUUUUGCUUGGGGGUUACCAGUCUCGUGCUAUGGGGCUCAUGAAACAGUUGAAUGACUUAUGGGACCAAAUUGAGCAGGCUUACCUGGAGUUACGCACUUUUGAAGAACUCAAGAAACAUGAAGAUUCUGCUAUUCCCCGGAGGCUAGAGUGUCUAAAAGAAGAUGUUCAGCGACAACAGGAAAGAGAAAAGGAACUUCAGCAUAGAUAUGCUGAUUUGCUGGUGGAGAAAGAGACUUUAAAGUCCAAAUUCUGAAGCAUAGUUUAUAUUCUGUCACAAGAUGAAUUAAUUGCUGGUUUUCACACUCUGGAAGGCUGAAACUGAUGUUUAUCUUCAUUGACAAAUUUGCCCACGAUCUGUGGUUUUUCAGUUGUUUAUUUUAAAUGAUAUCGAUCUUACACAUUCUAUGUGUAAAGACUUUAACUCCAUAGGACAUUUUAGGGUUUAAAUUAUUAAGACGAUCAUUCUUUUAGCAGUGUCAUAUUUGCAAAAUUUUUUCAGUUUGGCCUUUAAUUUUAAAAGCCUGAUUUUAAAGUGCUGCCUGUAACUAAACUCUUGAAUAAAAACAAAAUAUAAAAAAUUGAGAAUGUAGCCUUUUGUUUGAAGUAAUUAGAUACUUAAGAGUGCCCACAAACCAGCAAAUAUGUACUCUGUGUCAUAUUUAAUGAGUAAUUCUUGGGUAAUCAAAAUGGCGAUCCAGAAUCUUAACUGAAAUCCUUAAGAGGCAAUGCUUUUGUGGCUUUGUUAGUUUUGACUGUUUUAGUGUAGAAUGGUCAUUUCUCUGUAUACUGACAAGAUAGAUUAACUUUUUAAUAGCUCAGUUUUUUUUUUCAGUAUAACUUUAGGGAAGGUCUCUUCUCUGGCCAGCUACUUACACAGUUUAUGGAUUAGGACUCAAAAGAUUUAAUUUUUCUUGACCUGUUAUUUUCUUGUAAAUAUUUUUUUGACCGGCGCAUUUUAAAGAGUAAUUUCAACAAGGCUAUCAAAUUUUAUUAAAGCUCUGUGUUUAUGUUAAGUCUAUCACACAAGUGUAGAAUUUGGGGUAUGGGUAAAGGUGAGAAGAUCUAACUUUAUAACAAUUCAUAUGAAGUCAUUUAGGACAGUAUUAAUUGGCUGCAAGUUCAGUCUAGGCCAACAAUGUGUUGGACUCACCAAAAAAGUUUGCCCAAUCUUAGACUACUAGGGACUAAAGGGAGGGAAGAAGGGAUUCCUUCCUUCCUUCCUUCCUUCCUUCCUUCCUUCCUUCCUUCCUUCCUCCCUCCCUCCCUCCCUCCCUCCCUCCCUCCCUUCCUCAGAUAUUUAUUGACUGUAUACCCAGUGUCAGAGUCCUGGAGAUAGAAGAAUGAAUAAAAUAGGUAUGGUUCCUGUUUUGUGGCGCUUACGGUCUAUUGGGAAUGAUAGACAAUUAAAAUUCACGUUUAUUGAGUGACUCUUCUUAUGUGAUUUAAGUGUUGUAGAUGAACAGUUAUUGAGACAAAGUUCCUGCUCAUGGAGGUGACAGUAGUAGGAGGAGAUACUAAACAUACAGAGAAAAGUAUCAGAUCAUGAACUUUAGAUUCUAUGGAGGGAAUUAAAAUAGGGUGAUGAGAGAUAGUGACUGGGUGGCUACUUUAGGUUGGAUGAUCAAAGAGCUCUCUGAGGAGAUAACAUUUAAGAUAAGAUGUGAUUGGCAGUUUAGAAGGAGCCAUCCUUGUGAGAUUCAAGGGAAGAGCCAUGCUGGCAGAGUGAAUAACUAGCACAAAGCCCCAUUGGUGUGUUUGAGGAACAGAAAGGAGGACAGUGUGGCUAGAGUGUCAAGAAAUGGCAUUUGUAUAAGGCCUGGUUGUUAUAGGGCCAUAUAUAAGGCUGUGGUAAGGAAUUUGAAUCUUACUCUAUGGUGGGAAGCUAUGAGAAGAUUCUAAGCAAGGGAAUGACAUGAUUAGAUUUGUUUUAGAAGCAUCCUGUGGCUGUCCUGUAUAAUGUCUCACCAGGCUGAGUUAAUUUAGGAGCCUGAUGCAGUAAUCUAGGCAAACAGUAAUAGCAACUCAAACUAGGAUAGAGGCAGUCCUGAUGGAGACAGAUGGAAAGAUUUGAGCUGUAAUAAUUCUUUAGUCUCAUCAGACCAUAAAUUUAUAUUUUCCUGGUAUCUAGUCACUUAAUUCUAGUACUUCUUUCAGUAACUUCAUAUGAGUUUUCUAGGAAAUACUUUGAUAUCAUCUAUGAAUAAUGAUAAUGUUUGUUCUAAUAAUUUUAUUUAAUUUUUAUUACAUGUUUUGUUGGCUGAAAUGUUUAGAACAAUGUUAAAUGAUGAUGAUGAUGGUAGACGUUCUUGUUUUGUUUCUGAUUUUAAUGAGACUAUCCAAAGUGUUUUACCUUUAGGUUGGCUGUUUUGAGUUAGAUAUUCUUUAUCUAGAAAGGAAAUAUCCCUCUAUUUUUAGUUUUUCAAGAAUUUGAAUUGGGAAUGGCUCUGAAAUUUUGUCACAUAUACUUUCUGGAUAUCUGUUAAGAUGAUCAUGUAGUUUUUUUUUUUCAUUUGAUUCAUUGAUGACAUAUUAAUAGAUUUUCCAACAUUAAACCAUCUUUGAACUUCCGGGGUCAGAUAGAUUAAUUAAAAAAAAUUUUUUAAAGAGAUUUACGGUUUACUUACAUCUUAUGUAGACUUGAAUUGUAUGGAUUUAAAAAUAGUUGAUCUAAUAAUAUUAAGAAAGACUCACUUUGUUUUCAAAAUUUGAAGUGAUGUACAUACUUAGAGCCUAAAGAAUUGCAUCAUUUCAAAACUGGCAGCCUCAGUGCGUUUGUAAACUGCUCACGAUUCUGCCACACAGCAGCGCAGCUUUAACUGGUGAACAGAUGCCAUCAGCCUUCGUUAGUGUACUGCAAAGCCCGGCGUUCUUGACCAGAACCACUCUUGAGAGUGAUUUUGGUGACUCUCUGAACAUCCACAUUGAUCAUGUUCUCUUACAGGCAUUCAUUAAGUGGUGGUGUUAAAACUCAUGUUGAAAAGCAUGUUCAAGUCUCAGUAACUUUGGGACAGAAAUUAAAUGUGAUAAAGAGCCCAAAGAAACCACCACUGUGAGUGAGAGUCUCAUUUGAAAUAUUAGAAAUAAUGCUGAGAUAAGAAAAAGCAUCUCAAAGGAAAAAAAUACACUACAGUGAUUAUAGACUUAUACUGUCCAACCAUGCAUCCUCUGUUUUUACGUUUAUUUUUCUGGGAAAAUUAGUUUUGAAAUACUUGAUAUCUUCUGGAAUGCAUUUCUUCUAAAAUAUAUCUGCCCUAUGGGUACUACAGAAUUUGAUUUGCUAAUAAUUAGGGAAAUUGCUUUGGUCUUUUGGGCUGCCAUUGUCUAGGUUUUAACAUGGGGAUUUUGCUCGCUCUCUAAAGUGAAUAGGAUAACUAUAUAUUUUUCUGUGAUUAAGCAGUUCUGUUAUAGUAUGGCAGUGAUUGGUUCCAUGAAAGAUUGAAGGACCAUGCUUAUAAAACUUCUAAGUUCGGAGCCCUUUUUGGAAAUAAUUUCUUGAUAUAACUAUCAGUUUCUUCUGUGAUUAUUAGUAUGUUUUCUGUUUUUAAAUUUAAAUUUAAAAUUUUCUGUUUUAAAAUGUAUUUUUCUUUUUGUGUUUAUUAUCCACUAAAUUUACAUAAUUUAUACUUCUCCAGAAAACUUUUCAUUUUGUUGAAAUUUAGUACAUUAGCAGAGAAUUUUAAUAGAAAU